UAAUAAUUUUCCCGUGCGGAGUUCUGAUUCUAGAUUAUUCCUUUACUUCUGUAGAGAAAGGCAAUUCGGUUCUCUCCGCGUCUUUUCAAAUCCCCGGCAGAGAGCGCAAGCUGCGAUCACGAAAAGAAUUCCGAGGCUUGGCGCGGCGUCGAAAUAUUCUCACUCACUCUCUGGAUCUUAUUUCUCCUCUUCCAUCCUUCUUGUCGGAAUAGGAUGGGCCGACCCCCUCAUGGCGGAGGCCCCGCCUUUCGAUUCACGCCGAACGAGGAAGCAAUCCUUUGGAGAACGUUGAAGUGGAAUUUGAGGCAAAAUCUGUAAGGGAUGGAGCUUGGUAUGAUGUUUCGGCUUUUUUGUCUUAUAGAAUGUUUGAAACUGGCGAUCCGGAAGUGCGGAUUCGCUUUUCAGGCUUUGGUAUUGAAGAGGAUGAGUGGAUAAAUGUACGAAAGUGUGUUAGACAGCGUUCGCUUCCGUGUGAGGCUGGAGAAUGUGUUGCAGUACUUCCUGGGGACCUCAUACUGUGUUUCCAGGAAGGUAAAGAGCAGGCUCUCUAUUUUGAUGCUCAUAUCCUCGAUGCACAAAGAAGAAGGCAUGAUGUUCGUGGCUGUAGGUGUCGCUUUCUUGUCCGCUAUGAUCAUGAUCAGUCUGAGGAAAUAGUUUCAUUAAAAAAGAUUUGUAGACGUCCAGAAACUGAUAGCCGGCUGGAGUUGCUUCAGUCAAGAGCACCAGGAUCUGCAGAUUCAUCAAGAUCAACUAAAGAUCCUUCUCAAUCCACUUUAUCAAAAGAUCAAAAUGUGAUAUCGAGAAGGACUAGAAAGCAGCGAAAAUUGGUUGAUGUGAACGUGGAUGAGGUAAUGACCAUUGCUCUUCCCGCUCUCUCCAAUUUACACGUUUCUUCUGCUGCCAUUCAAACAGUAAAUGAAGCAGAAGCAAUUGAAGAUGCAACCAAUGCAGCAGCAGCAAAUGACUCCGUUUCCAAUUCUCUGGAUGUAAAAACUGAAGGUAGUUGACGAGAGCCUUAUUCUGUCAGUUAUUAUUUCCUUUGAUCUAUAUAUAUAUAUUUAUCUUAUAAACCUUCCAUAGUAUGGGAUGGAGAAUUAAAGGUGUAUUAAUGAAAAUUUUUGUCCGCUUAAUUUU